AUGACUUCUAGAACAUCUCAUAUAACAUCAUAUUCAGCCGCAAGUUCUGCCUUAUACCAGAGCUCCCUCAUAAGUACAGGUAUUCAGCGGGAGACCUUGGGGGACCGCCUCUGUCAGACCAGAAACUGGAUCUACAAUGUCGAAUCGGGCACAGUAAUGGGAAGGACCCCGUGCGAUUGGC